UGAGACUCCACCAUAUGUGACCCCAGGCUAUAGAAAUCAGGCAGGGGACCAUGACAUUAGUCACCAAGAAGUGUGUUGCUAAAAUGAGAACAUUUCUAGCCCCCCCUCCCUUUUCUGUGAUAGGACUGAGCACAAAUACAUCAAAAAUAUUCUACAGAAGUCUGAUUGAGAACAUAGAAUGAAAAAGGUAAUAGGGGAGACAAAACAAUGACAAGGGGUGGAGAACAUACACAUCUAUUGUGAGACACACAGAGACUCUACAGUGUCUAUCCAUCACACACACACACACACACACACACACACAAGGCUAUCCAAUCACAGAUGAGCUCUGAAGCCAUAGAAGAGAGAGGCUGGAUGUGCUUGGAAUCCAAUCCACACUGAUACCUCCUCCACUCACAGACUACCUGGCAGGCCAAGGUGUACAGCUGGAGCAGCAUCGGUGCAGCACAAGAGAAGACCAGGCUCCUGGGAGGCGUAGGGACAAGCUUAGGUUAGGGAGCCCAUGGCACUAGAUGCACACUGGACUUAAAGGAGACAUGGCACAACCUGUGAGGGCACCAGCUGGCCUGGGACACAUGGCUGCAGCAGUCCUAGUCUUCUAGGAGGUUAGGAAGAAGAGCUCCACAGAUUCCGUUAUCAAACAUUGACACCAGGAGUGAGGGAGCCCCUGGAUGGGAGGAGUAAGGGAAGGAAAAAAAAAAAUCUUAGAAGAUCUUGUAUUUACUCUCUAGGGGGGAGGAGGGGGAUAGGCAAAGGCACGCUACUCCUAGGGACAGAGACAAAACUGGGGGAGCAGGAGCAAGGAAGGGAAGCUGCUACCAGCUCUGGGGCUCCAUAACCGUGGCAUAUUGGAAGAAGCCAGCUCAAGCUGUCCGUUAUCCAGAGGGUAUCUGGACCCCCAGCAGCCCUUUGGUCCAGAACCCCCCAUCAUCAGCCAUCAUGAUGAUGAUGUCUCUGAACAGCAAGCAGCACUUCAGCAUGGUUCACAGCAGCCUGCAGGAUGAGGCGAAAUAUUCUGCCCUGCACUCCUCUUCCCCACACUCGUCCUCCUCGGCCACCAGCUCCCCCAGCAUCAGCAGUGUGAGAAGCAGCGCCGGGGGAGGAGGUGGUAGCGCCAACAGCAGCAGUAGCAGCAGCUCGGAGGCGAUGAGAAGAGCCUGUCUCCCAACCCCACCGAGCAAUAUAUUUGGAGGUCUGGAUGAGAGUUUGCUGGCCCGUGCUGAAGCUUUGGCAGCUGUGGAUAUAGUGUCUCAGUGCAAGAGCCAACACCACCACCACCACCACACACCCCACCACAGCCCCUACAAGCCGGACGCUACCUACCACACCAUGAACACCAUCCCCUGCACAUCUGCCUCUUCUUCCUCCUCAGUGCCCAUCUCCCACCCUUCUGGCUCCCAUCACCACCACCACCACCAUCACCACCACCAGCCACUGGAAGGAGAACUUCUAGACCACAUCACCCCAGGACUGACACUAGGGGCCAUUACAGGACCUGAUGGCUCGGUGGUGUCCACUCCAGCUCACCCACACAUGUCUGGCAUGAACCCCAUGCACCAGGCGGCGCUCAGCAUGGCACAUGCCCAUGGGCUACCCUCCCACAUGGGAUGCAUGAGCGACGUGGACGCCGAUCCCAGGGACUUGGAAGCCUUUGCUGAAAGGUUCAAGCAGAGAAGGAUCAAGCUCGGGGUGACCCAGGCGGACGUAGGGUCUGCCCUUGCCAACCUCAAGAUCCCUGGUGUAGGUUCCCUCAGCCAGAGCACCAUCUGCCGCUUUGAGUCCCUCACUUUGUCCCACAACAACAUGAUCGCCCUCAAGCCCAUUCUGCAAGCCUGGCUGGAAGAGGCUGAGAAGUCUCACCGGGACAAGCUCACCAAGCCCGAGCUCUUCAACGGUGCCGAGAAGAAGCGCAAACGGACGUCCAUCGCCGCCCCCGAGAAGCGCUCCUUGGAAGCCUACUUCUCCAUCCAACCUCGUCCUUCCUCCGAGAAGAUCGCCGCCAUCGCCGAGAAACUGGACCUCAAAAAGAACGUGGUCCGAGUCUGGUUCUGCAACCAGAGGCAAAAACAGAAACGCAUGAAAUACUCAGCUGGAAUAUAGACUUUGCUUGGGAUUUCACUGCAAUUUUAUAAAAAAACAAACAAAAAACAAAAACAAAAGAACAGAUUUUAAUGUUUUUAAAUAUAUAAAUAGAUAUAUGUCUAAUAUGUAAAAAAAAAAUGGGGGGCUCACUUUUUUUGCCAUCCUAAUGCCCCCCACGUCUUUGUCAAGAACAAUAAACUCUUGGUGACUCCAGAUCAGUUUUAAAGGAUCAGGACUACACAAGUAAGAAAUGUUUUAUUCUUUGCCCCCCCCCCCCCCCCUCCUUUAAAUGACAAAUAUUUUUAAGGAUCACAAGAAUAAGUGACUGCUGAAAAAAUGCUGGGGACUUGAUUGUUCCAAGGGCGCUGACAGCCAUGCCAUUCCCUGGCAGCGUCUCCUUCAGAUGGUACAUAGAAAUAUAUAUACACACAUAUUAUAUUUUUAACGUGAUAAGUAUAUCUGUUCCUGUUGUGAUGCUGGCUUUCGAUCUGAUCGCCCCCGAUGUGUCACUUUUGCUUUUUCUUUUUUUCUUUAUUUUAUUUUCUUUAUUUUUUUUACAAUCAAAAUACUUACUAGCAGAAGUUCAAUGGGUUUAUUAUUCUGUGUUGUUUUAAAUAGCAAGUACCUUCUUGCUCCUGUUUAAAAAAAAAAUAAAAAAUGAGGUUCACUAAUGUGUUUCCCAAAGUUUGAACGCACGUCGUUGUUUAAUAAACAAAAGUUCCACAAUUCGAUCCAUUACCCAUACAUAUAAAAAAAACAUCUGUACAUUUCCAUAGACAGAUCUCUCCAUAGCUGGUGACAAUAACGACCGCUAAUAGACACAAAGCUUUGUCUGGCUCCUAUAUGAGGACCUUGAUCUUGGAAUGAAGCUAGAUGGCCUUACAUAUUUAAUGGGCAUCCCUAGACACAACUCAGGCAGCCAUAGAGCCUCUUAUCCUCUUUGUCAUGGAAGUAUAGGUCUGCCUAAUUCUGGUUAAACCCCCCCAACCAUUAUUGGGGGGCUACACCUAUCCACACACUCCAAGUAUCCGUAGUGUAAAUAGUGAACUUACUCACACACACACCAACACAUCUAUAAAUAUGUUCUGACAGGUUUUUUGCUGUAUUGCUGUUCUGAGAUUAUUUCAGGUCUUCUGUCCCGUAAAAAAAAGGUUGGUUUUAGUUGUUUUGCUAAUAGACGUUUUUAUUUUAUUUAUUAUGGUAAUGUAUUAAGUUAUUCCAAAUGUUGUGGAAAAAAAGUCUUUCAUUAAAAUACAAGGUUUUGACA